ACUCUAAGAACUCCUCAGUGAAUAACAAGCAGACUGUGUCCAAUCCAGGCCUACAUCUGCUGCCACAUCUGUGUAACAUAUUACUUAUAGAUCUGUGUUAGAGAGCGGGGAGAAAAAGUUACGGGGAGACACAGUGAGUGAGUGAGACGUUAAACCGAGGCUGCUUACAAACGCAGCUUCAUAAUAAUGUCACACAACCGGACGCUUCUUGUGGAGGAAGCCACCGCCAAAUCACUGUUUUUCUUCAGAGCUUUAUUCCAAGUAGGACGUGCGUGAAGCCCAUCCCACUCCGUUCCCCAAAACCCUCUGCGCCCGCUGUAACCCGCUGUAACGCAGGAGGCGUUUGGCGCUGGAUUUGCCGGCUCCCUUCGCAUUCUGCCUCUGUCACCUCCUCCAGGUAUGCUGAUGCCCCUUUUUGUAGGCAUCGCGGCAGACACAAAGGAGCUCGCUUCACUUUCCCCCUAUCUAUUUUUGAGGCGACCGACCUGAUCCGCGCCCGGCUCUCCGCUGGAGCUCCGUGCGGCUGCGGGCAACGUGAAACCCGCCCUCCGCUCCGAUAUUCGGCUGUGUCGUGUUUCGCGUGUAAAGCGAGCGGCGUGGGCUCAAAUGGACUAUUGAUAAGUUUCUGAUCAGAUCGAUGGUCGUUGCGUCAGCGUGCAGGGGGGGCGGGGGGGGCGGAGAGUCUGAGCUGCCGAUCUCUUAAUGGACCGCUGAAUUGUUAAAUGCCACAGCUGAAGAUGAAUGUUGGGAUUUCUCUCCCGUGAUACAAGACAGCCUAUCUGGAGCCGCAGCAGCCGCCUGCCCGACGCGUUUAUGCAGAGCCUUUGCAGGGUCAAGAUGCAGUUCCGGACUGUGCUGGACGUGAAAGUCGUGGACGUGGAGAAGAGGCGCAAUCCGUCUAAACACUACGUAUACCUCAUCAAUGUCACCUACUCUGACAACACCUCCCACAUCAUCUACAGAAGAUACAGCAAAUUCUUUGACCUACAGAUGCAGAUACUCGACAAGUUCCCAAUUGAGGGAGGGCAGAAGGACCCAAAGAAGAGGAUCAUCCCAUUUCUCCCAGGCAAAAUCCUGUUCCGGAGGAGUCAUGUGCGAGAUGUGGCCAUGAAGCGGCUGCGUUUCAUCGACGACUACUGCAGGGCGCUGGUGCGACUCCCCCCUCAGAUCUCUCAGAGCGAGGAGGUUCUGCGCUUCUUUGAGACUAAAGCUGAGGACAUCAACCCCCCAGUGGAGGACUAUGGCUCCAAGCGCAAGUCGGUAUGGAUGUACGGCUUUACAGACAGCCCGAGGAAAGAGGCCUCAGGGAUUGACAGCUCGGAGCCCAUGGUGUUGGAGCAGUACGUGGCCGUGGCCAACUACGAGAGGCAGGAGAACUCGGAGAUCAGCCUCAAGGCCGGCGAGACGGUGGACGUGAUUGAGAAGAGCGAAAGUGGCUGGUGGUUUGUCAGCACAGCAGAGGAGCAGGGCUGGGUGCCGGCCACAUACCUGGACUCCCAGAAUGUAACCAGAGAUGAUUUGGAUCUGGGCACUUCCAGGACUGGAGAAGUCACUAAGAGACGCAAGGCACAUCUGAAGAGGCUGGACCGCCGCUGGACCCUUGGGGGUAUAGUCAACCGCCAGCAGAGCAGAGAGGAGAAAUAUGUGACGGUUCAGCCGUACACCAGUCAAGGGAAAGAUGAAGUCAGCUUUGAGAAAGGGGUCACCGUGGAGGUCAUCCAGAAGAACCUGGAGGGCUGGUGGUUCAUCAGAUACUUAGGGAAAGAAGGCUGGGCCCCUGCCUCCUAUUUGAAAAAGGUGAAAGAGGACUUCUCCCCUCGCAAGAAGACCCUGACAGGCCCCGUGGAGAUCAUCGGCAACAUCAUGGAGAUCAGCAACCUGUUGCAAAAGAAGUCAGUCAGUGAGAAGGACAUCCAGACGGAUGGAGAUGAAAGCACCACACCGGAACGCCACAUCUCCAAGAGCGAGAUCAGCCUGCCCAUGCCCUAUAACUCUGAAAUCAAUGCCGAGACAGGCAGGAGGCUGAGCGCAGGCCGUGACACCAACAGCCCGUGUCUGGGAAUAGCAGCGAGUGCUGCCCUAAAUGAAAAUAAAGGAAGAGGCGAGCCAGGGUCCCCAGCUGUUGCGAGAGUGGCACCGCAUAGAGUGGAAAUUGGAUUUGAUGCUAUAGGGUCUCCGAAUCUGAGACAAAAACCUCCCCCAAGAAGAGAAACCAACUUGGGAUUCCAGUUACCCAAGCCACCAGAGCCCCCUGCUGUGGAAGCAGAGUAUUACACAAUAGCAGAUUUCCAGUCCUCGAUCUCUGAUGGCAUCAGUUUCCGUGGAGGACAAAAGGCUGAUGUGAUAGAGAAGAACCCUGGAGGCUGGUGGUAUGUGCAGAUUGGAGAGAUGGAGGGCUGGGCCCCCUGCUCCUACAUUGACAAGCGCAAAAAGCCCAACCUCAACCGUCGAACUAGCACCCUGACUCGUCCCAAAGUCCCACCCCCAGCUCCGCCUGUCAAAAAACAAGACUCCGAGGAGGCCCCCCCUCCAUCUAACUCUGCCUCUAAAGUCUCAGAGCCGCCGAGCAGGCCUGUGUACGAAGAACCUGAGUAUGAUGUACCUGCUAUUGGGUGCGAAGGUGAAUCGGACACAGAUUCCCUGAAGGAUGAGCGUGCCCUGGAUGUGAAGAUCAGCAGCGUGGUCAGCGACAAAUAUCGCAGCUCCCCUCCUUCCUGCAAGGCCUCUCCUCCUGUCUGCAAGGCAUCCCCUGUGUUCGCUCAUCGAAGAGCUUCCUUCAGGUCUGUAGAGGAGGUUGCAAAAGAGGAGUGUAUCUAUGAAAACGAUGGCUUCAGGCGAAGCAGCGGCGUUGAAGGAACAUCAGUCAAAGGUUCCAGUGAGCCAAAUUCCCCAAGGAGCUAUCAUUCCUCCACAGUCCCACGGAAACCCUCCGGAUCCUCACCUUUAGCUGGUAGACCCAUGAAAACCAUGACACCAGAGAUGAACCGAAGAAGCCAGACCCUGGGCAGACACAUAGAUAUCUGCCUCAGGUCGCAGGACAACAGCCCCCACUCUUCAUCAGAUGAAUUGAGCAGAGGCCCCAAGAAAGGCCCUGCCUUCAACCGGGAUGUGGAGCAGAGAAUAGGCCAGAGCCCCUCCACCAGACCCAAGCCUUCUGUCAGACCUAAACCACUUCUGACCAAAUCAGAGCCCCAGAGUCCAGAGAGGAUGGAUAUCAGCUCUCUGAGACGACAGCUGAGGCCUACAAGUCAGUUUCGACAUGGCCUCAAAUCUACUCGUGGGGACGACUCUGAAACGGCCUCUGUUAUCUCAUCAGAGGACUCGAUGUGUUCGCGCAGUACCUCAGAUCUCUCUUCUGUUUACUCCAAAGGGAGCCGUGGUGAUUCAGAUGUGGAAGGCCCCAAUCUCUACCGUUCCCUGGACGCCUAUAAGAAGGUCCAGGACUCUGAGGUCAGCUUUCCGGCUGGGGUGGAGGUCGAGGUUUUGGAGAAACAGGAGAGCGGGUGGUGGUACAUCCGUUGGGGAUCUGAGGAAGGCUGGGCUCCCUCGUACUACCUGGAACCUGUCAGACAAGUGGGUGAUGCAGGUGGGUUAGAAUCAGAUGGACACGGGAGUGGUGGGAGUAAGUCCAACAGCCUGGAGAAAAACGAGCAGCACGUGUUGGCCCUCAAUAACAUAAAUAUUCAGGGUCUGAGUCAGCAGCAUCAAGGCUUGAGGAGGAACACUCCACCGAUUCCUUCUAAGCCUCCUGGUGGCUUCUCGAAGCCAUCCGGGAUGGUUAAUGGAGGUGUUCGGAUGAGAAACGGGGUACGCCAGGUGGCUGUCAGGCCUCAGUCUGUAUUUGUGACCACAACACAGCCAGCCAAGGAUGGGCACUACAUGACAGGGUCUCUGAGGCGAAAUGAUUCUCUUGGCAGAAGUGAUCACUAUGGCUCUGGUUCUGCCACUCUUGGUGUGCGCCGGAAUGCCUCCUUCAGUACCGUGCGGCCACAUGUGGUUGUUGAAAGUCAGACACGGCCUGCCGAGCGCUCCAGCCUGGGGUCUUCAGGGAGCUCAUUCAGCACAAGCAAUGUCCAGGAUGCCCUUAGCAGAGUUAACCAACGCAACGGCAUUCCUGUGUCCACAGUCCGACCCAAGCCCAUAGAGAAGAACCAACUGAUCCACAACAACCUUGGUAGGGAUGUGUACGUGUCCAUUGCUGACUAUCGUGGCGAUGAGGAAACUAUGGGUUUCACUGAGGGCACCUGUCUGGAGGUUUUGGAGAGAAACCCCAAUGGAUGGUGGUACUGCCAGGUGCAGGACAGCCUGCUUCCCCGCAAGGGCUGGGUCCCCUCCAACUACCUAGAGCGGAAAAAAUAAAACCAACCCCACAUCAUCCCCCUACAUUUUCCCCCACCUCCCCCUUUUAUUGUCUUCAAGGACGUGGGUGGCAUCAAUUCUUGCAAAUGUUACCCGCAAUCUCCCCUAAGCAAUAUGUCCUUGAAAAUGUACAUUCAUGAAAAGACUGUGUAAAAAGAAAGAUGUUUUAAUCUGACAAGGAAGGACACUUUUAGUGCUGGUUUACUAAAAUGUAUUUGAAGACUAGUGUAAAGAUUUAAAAUAUUUUGGCUGGGAAUGAGAGACAGAAACAUGGGAUCGGUCACUAUUGAGUGAGGAAAUUUAAGAGGACAGUGUCUUUGAGAAAUAAAAUGGUAUGAAUGGGAGUGAUAACCUCUUAAAGAGGUUUGCAUCAUGUAAUACAGGAGUUGAGCAGGGUAAUGGCUAUGCUUAUUCCUGCCCAUCACUGACUAUGAUGGCCGAUAAGUGCCUUUUGUAUUUGUUCACCUGAAUAGAGAUCCUAAAUGGUGGAUGGCAAAACAUUAAAUCAACCAAAUCUUUUAAGAGUGCCAUAGGCCUAUGAACACCACCAUGAGUAUUUCCAUUACCAAUUAAGAGCUCCACUAUAGAGUGCAAACAAAGUGCAGAGUUUCCAUUUGAAGUGCUCUAAUUGGUCCAACGCAGAUUAAAGAAAGAAAAACUGAGAUUUAAGGAACUCAAUUCAGCAGAGAAUUUAUUUGUUUGAAGCCACCAAGUCAUCAAGCAAACAAAAACAUUUUAAUCUCGUUAUUAGAAUUUUUAUUUAGUUUCAUUGUUCAUGUUAUAAUGUCUUGUGUUGAUGCAAGUCUUCCUUAGAGAAUUAUUUCUGCUUUCUUGUGACAUCUUUUUUCCACCAAGAGCCUAGAAUUGGAAAAGUUAAAGCUCCUGCCUCGUGUCCCACACCAUCUGACACUGGUGAAAUAAAAAAGUAAGUGCUUAGGUUUGUUAAAUUGGCAUACUUUUGUCAUAGAUCCUCAAGUCCAAGAAAAAUGUUAAUAUUCAUGUUUUUUUAAUCCCAGAGGUAACUAUCUGGGAUAACAAAUGUAUAAUGAAAAACCUGUAAAACUUGAAAAUAGCAGAUAUUUUAGUUUCCUGGAAAAUCAAAAGAACAACUUGUAACUUGAGUGCUCUCCAGAACAAAACCAGCUCCUAUCUGAGUAGCUAAUAACCUCAAAAGAUCAAAACAAUUAGUUUACAAAGGUGUAGGUUUACUGUAGUGUUUUUAGUUCCAGGAACAAUGGAUUUUGUAUAUAGUUUGUUUUGUAGACAUAAUGAUACCGCUGUUGCGGAGAUGUGUUGAAUAAGUACUGGAAAUGUGGUGAAAUAAUUGAAUCCCAGGGACAUAUUUGCACAGCAUUUAGCCCAAAAUGUGAUCAAACCAAAGAGAGUUUUUUGUGAUUUUACUAUUUAUUUAUAUGGUACAAGUAAUACAGUAUAUUCAACAAAAUGCCUAAUACAGGGUGUCUGGAAGCACUUGAUACAUUUUCUCAAAAUUAUAGAUCUAUGAAACAAGAAGUAAGCAAGGGAAUUGUAAUUAGAUAUUGCUGUGCAAGUAUUAGGGUUGGCAUUAAAUAGCAGACAACAUAGUUUGUCAACUUGUUUUUUCAUAUCUUCCAUUAAAGUCAGGGUUCAUAUCCUGUAAAAAAUAUUUAGCAAUCACCUAAAAAUAUUUAGUUAGAAAUAAUUCUCCCCCAAUGCAGAAGUGAAAUAUGAGAAUUCGAAGUUCUGAGCUAAAAUCCAACUUUCAAAAUUCAAAUGGCUGAUGUUCAAGACUGCUGAAAUACAUUUUCUAACGGACAGUGUGAGCUCUCUGUACGAGGCUGAACACUAACUUUUCAUUAUGUUUCUGCUGGACAGUAUCAUAGUAUUAAACAAAGUACAGUACCUGCUAGAUCGCAGUUAUCUAUUUUAGCAAAACCAUAUUUGUGUCUUGUCUGUUCGUUUUGUUGUUGUGAUCGCACAGUGACAAUAAUGAGGAACGAAGUGGUUCUGUUUUGUGAAUUAGUGCACUUUAAACCCGUUUUUAUGGUGCAUUAAUGUAAAGACGCAGUAAAUACUCAGCAUAUUAUUUAUUCUUUUUUUGUAAUUAUUUAAUUUCUCUCAAUUCUUUUUUCUUUAAACUCACCUCAAAUGAGAGGUGGAACUACUAUGAGUUCUGAGAUCAUGGCAAAGUUAGAGUAGAAUUGGAGAAACAGAGCCCUCUUGUGGGAGGUCAAAGAUACUACAACAUGAUUUUUAUCCCCUCCACAAGGCUUACCAGCUGUCCUACCUCAGUGCAAUAAGAAAUGCACUGCUGGUCAGUGAGUCUCACCAAGAACUGUACAGAAAUUUAAUGGUUUUUUUUGUUGUUGUUUUUUUAAAUCUAAGUGCAGCUAAGAAUAUUUUUGUAGCACAUGUUUUGUAUUGGGCAAUAAUUUAUUUUUUUUGAAAAAAAAAAGUCCUUUUUUCUUUUUUUUCUCUAUGCUGUGUGCUGCAACUUUAGCAAAUCAUGGACACUUCCUUCAUCUUUAUUGUUCUUUACAUAAUGCCUGAUUUUAUGUGUAUUUAUUAUGAAUAGUUCUAUAUCUUCUCACGGUUUGACAAUCACCGUAUCCCCACAUUCAAAAUAUUGCUGUACAGCAUUAUACAGAUUAUCAUUCUCACGCAAACUAUACUCCACUGAACUGAAUAUACAAAAUGGAGACACAGCAGUCAGCGGAAAUUCAAAAGCAACAUCGUUUAGUGGAGUUGUGAGGUAUUUUUUAGUCAUUUUAUUAAAUAAAAAUGAAAAACGUACCUAUAAAUAAUGAAAUAAAAAAUUAGGAUUGGAAUAUUUGCUGUCAGGCCCCUUCCCAUCCAGACGAAGGCAUUAUGUAAAUGUGUUGAAUCACUUUUAACAUUUCGCUCCAGCACGUAUUAUUAUUGCAUAUCGCUUUUGUUUGAUCGAGCUGAAUUUACUAAGCUGAAACAGCAAGGGAAUCGUUCUGUCAGGCAUACAUUUAGCUUACGUCUAUCUUCAUUCAUGCUUUUACCUUCUUUUUUUUUUCUUUUUCUUGUUUCCCCUUUUUGUCAAAUUCUGAAAUAUACCCCUCGAGGAAAUGUGCAAUAGAUGAGAAGCACAUCACACUUCAACAAGAGGAAAAAACAUUGCAGGUCUAGAGAAACGUGAAUAAUGCCAUUGCAUCUGUUGGGAGUAGAUAUUCCCAGUCAAACUGCCAGUCAUGAGCUUUUACCGUCAUUUCAAGUGUAUCUAAAAGAGCAGAUGUGAAAGGCCCUAAAAGCAUCGGAAAAACUCAUUGGACCAAAGCAGCAGACGUUUGUGACAUCUCAUUAUUACCCUGACGUGAUGGACUUUUAUAAUUACUAACACGAGAACCUCUGCUCCUCCUGCCCCGGAUCAGCAGUGGACAGUGACUUGUGAAUGGCAUGGCAGAAGCCCACUGACCCGUUCUGUAUGGACAUUACAGCCAUCUGGGGUCUUCUUCACAGAUGGAGAGUCAUGGGCCCAUCAUCAGGGGCCCCAGCGGCCCUGCUCUGAGCUGUCACGUUCGUGCCUGAAUGGAAUUUUGAUAGUUUCUUGUUUUUGUGUUGUUGUUGUUUUCUUUUUCUUCAGAUUUUUUUUUUGUGUGUUUUCCCACUGGAGUGUGUCCUCUCUGCACCUACGCCGGUGCCUCUCUUGACAUUUACCCCACCGUUGUCAAACCAAGUCAGGCUUUUCCCCCUCACCAAUCACCUCGGUCAAGGUGACAUUUGGAACCGUCGGCGGGAGAGUCUCAGCGGUAAACAAGAGAGCGUGGAUAUGAACGCUCCUUCAGGCCAUUUCACUUCAAUCCAUCACUUCCAGGAUGUACGCCAAAAAUAGAAAAAACCUUUAUAUUUCUCUUUGCUGAGCCCCAGGCAGGCCUUAUCGAUGUGCUAAAGGUGAAUACGUCAGUGUGCUAAAGACUACCUGUGUGUACAGGCCAAUACGCAGAGUUCCCUGUAUUAUUGGGGGCGGCUUGUGUCCAUAAAUCUUUUUUUUUUGGCGAUAGUUUGUAGUCUGACAUUUUGGGAAAGACCCUGAUUUGCUUUCUUACCAAGAGUUAGAUGAGAAGAUCGAUACCACUCUCAUGCCGUUAAAGCCCCCCUCCACCAACGUAAGGGUUUUUCUUACUUGGAUGUUUGAGCUUCACUGUGCAGUGUGAUGUAUGUGCAGAGUCUGACAGUAAAAGGUUGUUCUCACAUCCAUCUGCUGAAGAGGAAAGGUUUCUGUGUGCUCACCUUAAACCUCAGCUUAAGACACGUACGUAGGAUCCUGGCAGAACUGACUCUGCAGUGAAGUAGGAGACAUCGCUCAUCACUGCAACUUUUGAUGUGAGAAAUAUUUGCAUAUGCAUAUUUCUGCGAUUUUUAAUGAGGGAGAAGAAGCGGAUGCAGUUGUGAAAAUGUACUGUUUUGGUGAAAAACAAUAUCAGACAAAUUAAAAUGCAAACAUAAAUGUGGGGAUUGUUAAAUAUGAAGCUGAAGCCAGGAGAUAGCUUAGCUCAGCAUAAAGACGGGUUGCUUGGAGAGACAGCUAGCCUGGCUCUGUCAAAAGGUUAAAAAUGCUGCCAACAUCACAAAGUUCACUACUUAACACUUUAAAAAAGAGUUGUGGUUUUACCUUUGGUUGACAACAACACCCCAGCAACAUUAAAGAUCCCCUCCAAACAUGUUUUAGGAUAUAAACAAAUGCUUGGAACAAUAAUGCAUUUUUCCACACAAAAGUCUAAUCUGGGAAUAUGCAAAUGUUGUUCAUCUCUGCUGGACACAAGAUGUCUCCUCCUUCACUUUAGGUCCAUUCUCAGUGGAUCACACUGUACAAGUUGCAUACUGGACCAGGGCUGACUGCCAAACUAUUUGUCACAAAUCCUGCUGUUUGUCCCCCGCCCCUUAAAAUCAGAUGUUCGAUGAGCACAGAGAAACUUUCCACUUUCAGCAGAUGAUUCUAGAGUCAAACUGCACAUACAGCAUUCAGAGAGCACACUGUAGGGACAAGAAGGAACACUGAUAUUUGACUGGAGGGGGGCUUUAAACAAAUUCCAUGUACCAUGUUAAUCAAUGAGCUUUAGAGGUGUUGGCAUGUGGAUUGUUUUCCACCAGAGCCAGGGUGGCUGUUUUCAGUCUUUAUGCUAAGCUAAGUUAAAUACAUCCUGGCUUUAGCUUUAUAUUUAGCAUACAGGAAUGUGGAACUCAGCAAAAAAGCAAGGUUAUUUCCCAUAAUGCCGAGCUAUUUCUUUAAGUUACAGGCCUCUUUUUCAGUCACGGUCUGCCAGCUGAGCCUAUCUCAGCCACACCGCACACAGCAGAGAGGAAAUGGAAUUGGCGGAGGCAAUAUUUCUGCACUCCGCCUGCACAACUGAGCGUGUGCGCACAUGCCAACACACACUCAGUGAUGAUGAUGGGGAGUCAUUCAUGCCAGAGGAAAUGUACGAGUUUCCUGACAUAUUCCCGGAGGUCAGCCGGGUGAGACAACCCCCACCACGCCUGCCCCCUGCUUUAUUCCUCUGCUCUCUUUUUAUUUUAACAAAUGGACGGCACCUCUCGGGCGCGAAGCACCUUAAACUCUGUAAUCUCAAACGCUAGCCGCCCGCCGUAGUGUAUUCCUCCUUUUCUGCUCCUCAGUUCCGUCUCCUUCUUCCCUCAGCGCCGCAUUUCCAUCCCUCCCUUCCUCGACACAGCCAGGCAGUCUAUUCCCGGGGCAAUGAUUGAGAUAUCUAGGAGGGUUUGGGGGAGGGGGAGGGGGAGGGGGAGCGUGUGUUUGUGUGUGCUUUUGCAUGAUGAGAUGGAUUGUUUGCAGGUGCACUCAGGAGAAGAGAAUUUGGAGGUCAAGGAGGAGUUUUGUGAGAGCAGGAUGCAGGGAGACACGAGAUGGAUCAGAUAGUGGAUUCUAGGAGACAAGGUGAGAGCGAGGUGAGAGGAGCUCUGCUUUGAUAGGAGGGGAGAUGAAAGGCUGGUGGGCACCGUUUCCACUCCUAAAAAACAGCGAGAAAUAAUUCCUUCCAGCGGGGGGCCCAUUUUAUUCCACUCCUUCUAUCCACCUUCUUAAAAACCCCCAACCUAAUGAGCUCCCCGCUUCCCAACCUGAGCUGUGAAAACUCAUUACUCCAAACAAUGUCUUAAUUGCAGCACUUGACGUUUUUUUGAAGCUCCUUCAAGAAACUGCAGUCAGUGAGAGACAAAUGAGUUCACACCGCAGCAGCUUCUCUCAGCCUCUCUCUCCGUCCGUAGAAGAACUUUUAAGACUGAUCCUGCGUCUGAUUUCAGCUUCUUUUACUGUCAGCGUCUUCAGAUCUUGUGUAGCCCUGAGGGUGCGAGAGUUGAGCUGGGUGCUGAAAAGUGGGAAAAUGGCUUCAAAUGAAGGAUUUUCUGCCUCUCUCUCUUUUUUGCCUUACUCCUUUUGAGUUUUUGUCGAGAAAAUAAUUGAACGUUGUAGAAGUUCAGCAGAGGAUUCAAAGUGUUUAUUCACAUCUGAUGAAACAAGCCUUAAUUCAUAAUGAACUGAAUCCCCCCCCAAAAAAGGGGGGCUUCAGAAGUCAACAGCACCCAGCUCUGGAUUGGAGUGAUUGCGAGGUUAAUAAAGGCGGCAGUCUGAUAGAAGGAGGUUUGAUAAGAAAGUUUUAGUAAGUGUGUGGGAGCAGGUUUGAGAUAUUUAGGGGGUGAUUUUGUAGGUUUUUUUAAUUAAUAUCUAGUUCUUGUUUGAGUGUGGGACAAGAAAGAAAAGAACGAGGGAAGCUGCAGGGCUUUUUCUCAAGCAUUUGGGGUAAAAAAAUAAAAUAAAUCCCAAGCCUGUGAAUCGGGGAAUGCUGAUUAUUUAUGUCACUCUGAAAACUUCCUCACAGAAUCGCAGUUGUUUGACGCGCCGGCGGGCAUCAGCAGGAGCUGUCUCCGAGCUCCACAAAAGAGGCUGUGUCGAGGAACGAGGCGCACCGCUGUGUCUCUGUGGCACUUUUCUUUGUCUCAGUUUGAAUCCCUGUUCCUAAUUAGCACAACAGUGUGUCUUAAUUAACCUAAGCCAGUCGGAUGAUAUUCCAGCGCUAACAGCUUUCUAAAGAAGAACGCUGCUGCCAUCCUGCGUGGGGGCCUCCGGCGCCGGCUGCGGGCUCAGACACAGUUUUGAGGUGGAGGAGAGCUGUCAGAAGUGAUUGAUGUUACAAGCUGAGGUAGAUUCAUGGGAAGGUUUAGCCUGUUUUUAGCCUCGAUGUUGUAUUUAUAGAAGAGAAUUCGUCACCACCCUGCUGUGGAGAGCAGUGUGCCAAAAAAGAAUCUUGGAAGCCCGACGCCAUCGAGCUCUCGAUCUGUAAAUCCUGACAAAAACAAUCUGUUACCAGCAUGUCAACCACGCUAACAAACACAGAAACAACUACAGGCCUCGAGUUGGACCAAAGGAGGUGCUAUCCUUUUCUUUUCUUAUUACCAUUGUUGUUAUGCAAAUUGUGUUUAACUCUUGCAAGCUCCUUGUUUUCAAAAGAUAUGCCAUGAGGAAGCUAAGGGGGCUUUAUUCCACUGUAAACGUCAAUGAAUCAUCCAACGAUGAGUCAUCUGCCCACCGGAUCAAAUGUGGGGACAGGGCCAUGCACUUGCCAGUUUGACGCAUCAUCACGCUGUACGCCAGUGCACCAGGACGAAAUACAACGAAAGCAAACGCUGUCCAAGUUCCUUUCUGUUGGAGACAUUGUGCACAUGCGCAUUCCUUUUGAAAACAGGGCAUUUUGUUAUCUACCGUUUCAUUUCGACAGGUCUUGUUCCUUUUUUUUUUUGUAUCUUGUACAUGUUUACAUUGUAUCUCGCAUUGCCCAAAAGAGAAACAAUAUUAAAUGUAUUAUCUUUGUUGUUUUA